AUGGAUGUUGUGGAAAUCACGGUGUUACUCCGGGUGGCUUGGAGUCGUGGUCUUGACUUUGAGAUUAGGCUUAUCGAUAUGGAUGAUGUGGGUGUGGAGGGAGAGAAGGCGGAGUAUUGGAUGGGGAAUUUUGAGAAAGAAUGCUCUAAGAAGAUUAUCAGUGUCGUCAAUGCACUGCUCGCGGGGCAGUUGGGGCUUAGGGAGAAGAGCGAUGCGGUGCGUGCCGUGGCGGUCAAGAAGGAUGGUUCUGGAGGCUUGAUCUCCCCAGCAGGCGACUCAAAACCGAUAGACCCAAGCAGACACUCUCUCAUUAAGCUACCCGCUGAGAUUCGAAACAAGAUCUAUGGAUACCUCGUCGAAUACCCGGAGCAGAUCGUAAUCGACCUCGAUCUCUCCCCAGCCAGGGACGUCUAUAAAUUCUAUCUUGGCGCAGGAUUCGAAAUGCCCAGGAACCUGUUUUUGGCAUGUCGAACCACAUACCUCGAAGCAGCUUCACUGUUCUACGCCAGCAACACCUUCGUUAUCGUUCCGGCCAAUCUCAAAAACCGUGGUACCAUCGAAUAUCUUCUAGGUGUCUACACUGGAUGGCUCCGGAAACUGGGGUCUCAAGUGUACUGGCACCAUAAGUUCUCCAUCGAUCUCUCCCAAGGCGUCUUAGACAGGCGUAUAAGCUUCAGAUUAUACAACCAUCAAAGACCCGAGGCUUUCAACAUCGGAAACUUAGUUCACUUCGUUUGGGAAUAUAAGCUUAACAUAGACAUCACUUUCACCAACACCGUGUCCGCAAACGACCGACGACGUACUUUCGAUCCUGCAACAAUAACGGCUAUCACAAAAUCCAUUCUCGAGGGUCAGCUCAUGAUCAAGGCUUCUCGAAACCAUAUCGGGACAGUCGCGAUCGACUAUGACGGCACUGGAGGCACAUUUGGCUGGAGAAAAGCUAUAGACUUUGACUGCUGGCCCCGAGUAAUUACACCCGAUCACGAUCAAUACCACAGCUUCAUUGCUGAGGACGGUGGACGAAAGCUUGCUCUAGUACGUCACAAACCGGCAUUGGUUGGCCCGCAGGGCUCGUAG